ACAAACAAUGCAACCAUGAUAGGACAUAUAUAAUUUGUGUAGUAUACAAUAUAAUUAUCACGCAGUUUGCAACUCAGCAUACAAUCAGUGUAUAACAUCACCGUCGGUUUUGUUCGUCAAAAAGCAAGACAGGUACGCAGUGGAUUUCACCGGCAACAAAUAUUCUAUGAAAUUCUGCACUGUGCACCGCCCCCCUCUAACUCUCCCGCUCUCUCUAUCUGUCUCUCACAUACGCUAUCUCCUCCCUCGCCACUUUCUCCAGCCAAGAAGCUAUCUUUGCCUCCCCAGCUUUACUCUACAAGCAUGUCCUCAGACUUGCAGCCGUGUGAUGAAGCGAACCAACUGACUUCCAGAGAGCACCGGAUGAAGGAAACCCGCUGCACGAGUAGCAGAAAAGCCUGAGAGCAGGGGCACCCCAAGUUGACCCCAUCCGGAGACUUCUUCCUGGGCUGAACACAAUGGAGACUGUUUGACAGUGGAAGUGGAGGUUUACUGUACAGUAGCUCAGCUAGAGUUCCUCACCCCUUCAUGACAUGCAGUGAGCCGAUGCCACCAGCAGGUGCAAAGGCGAUUCAACGCCUGAACCCCAACUGAAUAGAAGAACAUCCCCAAGACCAGAUGCAAUGGAGAUGUUCAAUUUCACCAACUUCACCUACUGGAAUGCCUCAGAAGGCAAUGACGCAGGGCCUGUCAUUGAACCCGAAAGCCCAUACAAGACUGUGGAGGUGGUGUUCAUCGUAUUGGUGGCUGGGUCCCUCAGCCUGGUCACCGUUAUUGGAAAUAUCCUGGUCAUGCUUUCCAUUAAGGUCAAUAGGAACCUACAGACUGUCAACAACUACUUUUUAUUCAGCCUUGCAUGUGCUGACCUAAUCAUCGGGCUGUGUUCCAUGAACUUGUAUACAGUAUACAUAGUGAUUGGCUACUGGCCCUUAGGGCCUGUGGUGUGUGAUCUGUGGCUAGCCUUGGACUAUGUAGUGAGUAACGCAUCUGUCAUGAACCUACUCAUCAUCAGUUUUGACAGAUACUUCUGUGUCACAAAGCCCCUCAGCUACCCUGUCAAAAGGACCACCAAGAUGGCAGGGAUGAUGAUUGCUGCUGCCUGGGUCCUGUCUUUCAUUCUGUGGGCCCCGGCCAUCCUUUUCUGGCAGUUCAUCGUGGGCGGGCGGACAGUGCCUGAGAGGGAGUGUUACAUUCAGUUCUUCUCUAAUGCAGCAGUCACCUUCGGCACGGCCAUCGCAGCCUUCUACCUGCCCGUUAUCAUCAUGGUCAUUCUCUACAUACAGAUCUCUAUAGCCAGUAAAAGCCGGGUGAAGAAAGAGACCAGGAAGCCGUCAGGGCCCAACCCAGAGGCCCUGUCCCACGAGCAGGCAAGGGCCAGUAAUACUGCCAAGCCCAUCAACAACAACCUGACAGCAGAGGACACAGAGCAGGGCACGACCCAAGCCACAGAUGACGUGGCGAACCAGCACGACGGUAAACUGCAGAACGGCAAGGGCCCAUCCACCACGGGUGGAGAGGGGGAGAUGGAGGGUGAAGACGGGGGAAGGGAGAACUGUGCCCACGGAGAGGAGAAAGAGAGCUCCAACGACUCGACAUCUGGCAGUGCAGCGGCGUCCAACCACAAAGAAGAAGAAGCGGUGCCAUCCAGAGCAAACUGCAACACCGAGCUCGUUCAGCAGCCAACCCGCCACCGGGCCAAGGCAGGCGGCUCCAAACUCACCUGCAUCAAGAUUAAGACCAGUUCUCUCAAGGGGGAUUGCUACACGCCCUCCAACGCCACGGUGGAGAUCGUCCCCGCCACGGAGAAGCAGAACCACGUGGCGCGGAAAAUCGUGAAGAUGACCAAGCAGCCGCCCAAGAAGAAGAAAGCACCACCGUCUCGGGAGAAGAAGGUGACCCGUACCAUCAUGGCCAUCCUGGUGGCCUUUGUGGCCACCUGGACACCUUACAAUGUCAUGGUGCUCAUCAACACCUUCUGCUCCAGCUGCAUCCCCAGCACAGUCUGGACUAUCGGCUACUGGCUGUGCUACAUAAACAGCACCAUCAACCCCGCCUGCUAUGCCCUCUGCAAUGUCACUUUCAAAAAGACAUUCAAACAUCUCCUCCUCUGCCAAUACAAAAACAUUAGGUCAGCUAGAUGAAUAUAGAUGCGAGUGUGCGUGUGUGUGCGUGUGUGUGCGUGUGUGUGUGCGUGCGUGCGUGUGUGAGAGAGAGGGAGAGAGAGAGAGAGAGAGAGAGAGAGAGAGAGAGAGUGUGAGAGUGAGAGUGUGAGAGAGAGUGAGAGUGUGAGAGUGUGAGAGUGUGAGAGAGAGAGAGAGAGAGAGAGAGAGAGAGAGAGAGAGAGAGAGAGAGAGAGAGAGAGAGAGAGAGAGAGAGACGUGUUUAUGGUGUGGUCCCUUUCCUUUGUUUUUACUCUACAAGAGAACUUGUAUCCUGCAGCCAUGUUGGGUUUGGCUCUGAUGAAUGAGAUUUGUGAUGCAACUGUUGAGACAUAAGACAUACAAAGAAGCGCACAGCCAGGAGAACAAAUAGACCGAACUUGAAAAGGACAGUUGGAUAGAGAGCUCUGCACUGCACAAGACAAAAUUCUAAGGGAAAAUAGGGCUGACUGAAUUCACAAACUUCCCGUUUGAAAUUCAGUGUAAAAAAAAGAAACCUGUAUAUAUCAAUGUAUACGCAAAAUCUAAAUGUGUGUGUGUGUGUGUGCGUGCGUGCGUGCGUGCGUGCGUGCGUGCGUGCGUGCGUGCGUGCGUGCGUGCGUGCGUGCGUGCGUGUGUGUGUGUGUGUGUGUGUGUGUGCAUCAGUCUGAGCGUGACAGAAUGAUCCAUCACACAGUUUCAGUGGAGAUGUCCGCCAGUAGAGACAGCACAAGGACAUACAGAACAUACUACAAACUGUUAUCUGUAUGCCGGUGGCACUCUGUGUUGGCGGCACACAAAGCAGAGCAGCUUGUCUAAACUGCCUCUCUGACAUGUUCAUAUACGACUGAGUAACAUGGCUGGGAGCCUUCCUAUCUCCAGGGAUGGACCAUAAGUGACCCCUGAAGGGCAUAGCAGGACAGAGACCAGGCCUGGCCAGGGUCACCUCUCAUCACAACGCAGGUCUGAGGUUAGGAAACUUGUUUGAAAAAGUAGAUACUUCCCACCAAAGAAAAGGGUGGAAAAUGGUCAUGAGUAUAAACAAAUAAAUAGAUCAUGUAAAAAUACAUCCAAAAAGGCAUUGUUCAAUUACAUUAUUUAGCUUGCUAUUCGUUUUCCACAUCAUUUUAGAUGAUCAGCGAUUUGAUCUCUAACAAUUCAUUACAUGAUGAAUUUGAUGUUUAUUUGAUUGUAUAUUAAGAUGUUUGUUUUGUCAGAUAGUCUACACUCUUAGAAAACAAGGUGCUAACUAGAACCAAAAAGGGUUAUUUGGCUGUCACCGUAGGAGAACCCUUUCAAGAACACCUUUUGGUUCCAGGUAGAACCCUUUUGGAUCCAGUAGAAUCCUUUUGCGUUCCAUGUAGAACCCUUUCCACCCAGAGUUCAACAUGGACAACAAAAAGGGUUCUCCUAUGGGGACAGCUUCAGAACCCUUAAUGAACCUGUUUUCUAAAAGUGUGUUGAUGCUUGGAGCUUGUAAAUAAAUUUCAGAGGGUGGCAGUUGGCAGGGGCUUGGAGCCAAAGCCUAUUCAAUUAUACAGGAAGGGAUCUUGUGCUUUUCCAGGGGUGAGUUGGAUAUUCCUCUGAGAUUGGAUUUUCAACAUAAUUUGAUCCCGCUGUGUUGCAGAUGUUACCGCCUGUGACAAGAGCCUGUUGUAUGUCAGUCCUGACUGAUAAUGAAGAGGAUUAUAUUUUGUCUUGCUGUCAUCAGAGGUGGUUUGUAUUCGUUAGGUAGAGGUUACCAAGGUUGUAGAGUGAUUGAUAGAGUGUCAUACCGUGGAGAUUUAGAGGUUAUUUCAGUGCAUGUUUCUGUUGUUACCCCAGAAUGGGGUUAUAUACCAAUAAUCACAGGCCAUGGCCUUGUGAAUUAUAAGGGCUACUCGAUGUUAGAUGUACUAAUUCAUCUACAUCUGUGUGUGUGUGUGUGUGUGUGUGUGUGUGUGUGUGUGUGUGUGUGUGUGUGUGUGUGUGUGUGUGUGUGUGUGUGUGUGUGUGUGUGUGUGUGUGUGUGUGUGUGUGUGUGUGUGUGUGUGUGUGUGUGUGUUUCAUCACAUGAAUAUAGAUGAAGUCAUAUGUACUGUUUAUGUAUGUGUUUUUGAGAUCACAGUCUAAUGAUGUUAGAAAUAUUACGACACUAGAAUUCCCAUGGUUUUGUGCCAUACUAUUUGUGUCCAUAUAUGUCGUCCACACCGUAUGCUGAUCUCCAACACAGUCCAUUUAUCUCUAACAUGCUAAUGUAUUCCAAUUUAAGUAAUGAAUAUAAAGCAGCCAUGGGAUGGUCGCCACGUUGGUUGCUAGGGGGGCUUAACAGAAAAUGACACCCGCAUUGAGCAGCCCCUUAAGGCAGUCUCCUUAAAGAGAGAUAUGGGACAGGCCUUUAAUGGAAACUCACCAUGAGCCUGAUCAGAUUAUAAAAUGAUCUGGAACACCUACUGGAGAUUAAAGAUUGGCUAUUACGUGCUCGGUUUACACAGCCCCUCCCGUCCCACUUAGUGUCCCACUUGCUCCUGAUCCCGUUAUGUGUGACUGUGACGUCCACUAUAUCAGGGCAUUGUUUAAAGGCCUGUGAAACAUAAGGAACAUCAUAUUUGCAUUUUCUUUCUUUCUAUCUAUCUAUCUAUCUCUCUCUCUCUCUCUCUCUCUCUCUCUCUCUCUCUCUCUCUCUCUCUCUCUCUCUCUCUCUGACAUUGUCCCCCAGUGUCUCCUCCCCCUUAAUGACAUUGUUAUGACUAACAUCGCCCCCAAUAUUGGAAAGAUAAAAGACAAAGCAACCUACUGCAAAUUCACUAGAUUCACACAUUUAGGUCAUGAGUAAUUAUUAAUAAAUUCUGCUUUUAAUGGAAAUAGUGAUGGCAAAGGAAGUGGAAGAGGAUGAAGAUCAUCUGAAUCCUUGCAAUCUUCCUUAUUUAAAUGCAGGUUGUCCUCUGGAAGCCUGGCUCGUAUAAUUCAGUCAAUCUGUUCGACUGCACGAGCCCAGCAGUGUGCGAGAGGCAUCCAUCCAAGUUCACAAUCCAGCCAUCCGUCAGGUUGAUAAGUGGACCCAUGUCUGGGUGUCAUCUGUCACAUGUCUCAGUGGUUGGUGUUGCUAAGAGCCUCCUAGCUUCCCAGAACGGAACGUUUGAUUCAGCUCAGGCUAAGCUGUUGUUUGAGUGAUACCAGCAGGAAAGUAAGUGCUCUCUCUUUUUAGAGAACCGUUAUCCGGGUGUUUGACGGAAAGUGACAGCCAUUUAUCACCAAUGGAGGGACAGGGUUCACCGCCCCCAGACAAGAUGGCUGUCACUCACUGUGUCUCAGCGGAAUGCUCUUUCAGCUGCUUUCAGACACAGUGGAAAGCUCACACCCCUUUAGCACUCCUCCCCUGUCAACAGCAUAUCGUUUGACUAACAGGACAAAAGAAAUCCUGCACUGUCCACUUUGUACGGUCUGAUAAGUCUGCAACAGGCUCUCACAUCUUAGGUACCAUGUUUGGAUACUGUCAGCCAAUUCAGACAGGGUCAACCAAAGGUUUCCACAAAAUAAAUGACCCGUCCUUCAGGAAUCCCACGCUACUGUAUAGUCUAGGGAAUGAUGGAAACAAGGUGAUGGAGUACAGUAACUCUCAGAUGGAUUUUGGCUAGACUUUUUAUUACCAUACUGUAACAACAGGACAUGCUCUCUGUCCAUGUGGGGGGGUGUAUUUCUCAUUGAGUGGAUUCACUUGUCGACGUACGAAGAGCCUCAUUCCACUGGUACUGUAUAUGUCCCUUUCAUCACAUAAACAUUGUCUCCAUGGCGUCAACAGAUCAUCAUGUGUCGUCUGAGCUAGCUGGGCUCCUCUUCACACGGCUUGUUUCAAAGGGCUAAACCUUUUUAGGGACAUUUAUUUCUCCCUAAAUGUAUGGUUGUGGUCGAUUAGAUUUUUGGGGAUUUUUUGGUUUAGUAGUUAGUUAGUUAGAAUUGUGAUGUUUUGAUAGUGUACUUGACAAGUGUGUGAAAGAGUAUUUAUUUAGAUUGUUACUGUGUUGUUUGGUCUGUUCUUGAGCAGAGGGUUAGUACCCAUUGAGAUGGGAGCAUCCUGAGUCUCUGUUUCCAGUUGAGAUAGUUGGGCUGCUUCUGCCUCUUAUAGCCAUGUUUCCAAGGCGAUGUGGUAUGCGAAGUGUAUCUGAACAGACAAAUAUAUCGCCACAUUGUAUACUGAGCAAUUUGAAGUGCCUUAUUACUUAUUACCCAUUCUUAUAAUUGCUCAUUGAUGUUUAAAUUGAUGUUUUAUAUUUUCAGUAGAUGACAUUUUUGUUAGAUGGUGGUGCAAUUUAAGGUGACAGUCAUAGAUGUAGAAAAGCACAAGAUCUUCUAAAGUCUAAAAUGUUUAUUUUCUCCUUCGUUGUGGUCGUAGAAGGCGUAGGUUUAGUAAAAGGGGGAAAACAUGUAAUUUAAUCUAUUUCAUCACUGGAGGUUUGGAGGGUAUUUUAACACGUGUGUGCGUGUGUGUGUGUGUGUGUGUGUGUGUGUGUGUGUGUGUGUGUGUGUGUGUGUGUGUGUGUGUGUGUGUGUGUGUGUGUGUGUGUGUGCAGGGGUGUUAUGCACCCCAAAAAUCUAUGUGAAGGUGGCUGGGGGGUGGUCCUGAGGGGGGAUAAUUUGGCAUUUUUCAAACACCUGAAACAGCUUUUGUUCUGCAAUCUAGACCCAUAAUCAUUAUGUUUAAUUAUAUGUCCAAAUGUGUCUAUUUUUCUGCAUAUCUAAACAUACCUCUUGAGCUGUCUGUAUCCUCCUGAAAGGUGGUUCUUUUUUUAAAGAAACUAAAUAUGCUUCUCUGCAUCUCUGCUAAAAAUCUGGGUAAAAGAUUGAAAGGAAUGUGAGUCUUAUUCAGUACAUUUAGUUAAUGCUUGCUUUUCUAAAGUCAACCAACCUUGCCAGCAGGCAUGCCAGCUAAGAUGAUAGGCAAGCUAGCUACUCUAACUUGAUAGCCUGAAAUGGCUUCAUGGUAGUUAUUUAUGAGGUUGGGAGAUUGGGAAUCUAUCUGGGCUAAAAAACAACUUUAUAGAAUUGCUAGGUGGCUAGUAGUAUUACAGAGAAAACAACGACAACCACACACACACACACACACACACACACACACACACACACACAUAUAUAUAUAUAUUAAUUAAACAGGCCAAAUCUGAUGGGGCACAUGCCCCUAUGGGCAUGAUGUGUCUGUGUGUGUGUGUGUGUGUCUGUCUGUCUGUGUACAAUAGAGAGAGAGAGAGAGAGAGAGAGAGUGUGUGUGUGUGUGUGUGUGUGUGUGUGUGUGUGUGUGUGUGUGUGUGUGUGUGUGUGUGUGUGUGUGUGUGUGUGUGUGUGUGUGUGUGUGUGUGUGUGUGUGUCUGUGUGUCUGUGUGUCUGUGUGCUUUGCUCUAUAAGAGACCUUUAGCAUGUCAAAGCACCAAGUGGCAUCUGUGAAUAAAGACAACCCCAUAGAAACACAAACCACACAUUGCAUUCAGGGGGGUAAGAAACAAUAAAGGAUUCAACAAACAAUGUUGCUUCUGUCCUCACCUCACAUUCCCUGUUUGAAAAGUGUCUCAAAAGCAAGUGGCUUCCAAAGACACACUCUGAAAGAUAAAGAUUUACAAGACAAACAUGUAUUUUUGCCUAAACACGUGUAAACACAAUAUGAUCAUCAUACUGUACAUUUUGUAUCACGUUUUAUAAAGCUAUAUCUAUUAUAUUGUUGUACAAAAUCUAGAAUUGAACAGUGUAUCAGUAUGUGUUAGAUGAGUACUGCAUCCAGACUGAACAUGUGUUUUGUUGGAGUGACAAUAUUAUGGCGGGAAAGAAAGAAUCAUCGUUAAGUAAAUGAGAAAACAAAUGCAAUUCUGAGAGAACGGACCACUGCUGUGUGACAUUUAAAACUGAACUAAAGUACACUCAACUGUCCCACUCUUUUUUUACUCUGUUGCAUGUUUGGGCUUUGUGAGACUGACGAUCAGUCGAAGAGGAGAAUCAAGUAGUAACUUGCUGAAUCUGUAGAGAAACAAAUCCAUUACUGACAAACAAUGAAGUGCUGAUGUGUGUUCGGCAUCCAUUUUGUCUCAACUUGUAAAUGAGUGAUGAGUGAAAAGGGACACAGACUGACCGUAGGGAGAAACUGUGAGACCAGCUGCUACAACAUGCAGUGUAGUAUUGGAAAAAUCUGGACCUCUUCCAGAUAUCUGGGGGAAUUGUUAUUGAAACAUAUUCAAAGUCUUGUCUUGAGGGAAUGAACCAUUUUGAACCAUUGUAGGUGUGACUUCACUGAAAUAUCUCUUCAAAUGGACAAACAGAAUACAAAUGAUAAAAACCUAUUUUGUGGAAAAUAUAUAUACAGCAAUGUACACUCUUCCAAAAGGUUCUUCAGCUGUCCCAAUAGGAGAACCAUUUUUGGUUCCAGGGAGAACCCUUUUUGGUUCCACGUAGAACCCUGUGUGGAAAGGGUUCUACAUGAAACCCAAAAGAGCCCUAUCUGGAACCAAAGGGUUCUACCUGGAACCAAAAAGAGUUCUUUGAAAGGGUUCUCCUUUCGGGGCAGCCGAAGAACGCUUUAAGGUUCUAGAUAGCACCUUGUUUUUCUUACGAGUGUACAGGGUGUUCAUUUUUCAGUUGCGUCAGUAUGUAAAUCGAAUCAUUGUGCUCUCAUCCGCUGUGCCUCAUGGCUCCUAAUACGGUCGAUAUAUUGUCUGUUAAAAACAUAUUAUUUGAAUUGUAUAUAUCUCUAUAGUAUACAUUAUAUGUCAUUUGGAUGAGGUACAGUUGGAAUGUACAUAAGUCUACACGUGUUUAAUAGCUAUCUGAAUGUUCCCUUCCCUUCUCACCCUCCCUUGUCCUAAUAUGAUACUCCCUCACCCCUAAUGUACAGUAAUAAUGUUAAUGAUUUCCUUUGCACCAUUAGUUGAUUAUUUAAUAGUUCUGGACAGCGAAGCUGAGUGUUAAUAUCACUGGCCACUCACUUAUGAAGCUGUAAAAUAUUAACCAUAUUCAGUGGAUUUAUGGAGGCGUAUUCAUUUUUUAAAUCAAUUAAAAUAAAAUGUAUGAAAAAUGUU